AUGGAUCUAGCACUAAUUGCGGCAAGUGGUACACCGUGGGUUGCAUUUCCGACCAACAACACGGAGACGUCCUGCUGCCUGGUAUCCGUGGCCAACUCAGUCUCCCUAAUGGAUUUCUACUUCCUGAAUCCGGAGAUCAACGCAGACUGCACCAACCUUGAGCUCGGCGAGGCCUACUGCAUUGCUGCUGUCGGCGACAUAAGCACUUACUCGGGCUACCCGAUAACUACCCCCUGGAUCACGGUGGCCACCGCCAGCUUCCCCGCGGUCGACACUUCGAUCCCCACAAUCACCAGCGACCCGGGCUUUAUCUACACACCCACCUACCUCCCCAAUGCACCGGGCACCACCACGGCUGCGCAUCCUACAGGAACUACGAUGACACCACAUAUAAUCUAA